ACGAUCGUAACUUCCGUUUGCCGCCCGCUAAACUACAUCACGCACACGCAAACGCGAGAUAAUAUUGUAAUGUAACCAACUUCACUUCGUAAAUGUUCGAUCUCUUUUCGCUACGUCGAGGCUUGUACGUUUUGGGAAUUGCGCUUUUCGACAUGGCUUUAACAGUUGCACUACCUCUAGCGGGAUUGGAGACAGAGAAUUUCAAUUCUUUCAGCCAUAUCAUAGACAUAGCGGGCCUAUCAAAGUCUCAAACGAGCCCUAGCCCGUCUCUAUCCAGUGAAUCUAGCGGUAUCGGCUCAUUGGUUUCUCUUAAAUCAGAGUCUGUAAAUAACGACUCUUUGCCAUCUAGUCCUCAAACUACAGAGAAGAAAUUAUUUGAUGCGGUGGUGCAACCACAGCCACGUCCAAAAGAAAGAAAACAGGAUGUCAAAGUAGUAUGUGGGGGCCGUGACAUUCUAAAUUUAAUGGCCAAUCUCACUGACCCUCGAUGGAACUACCGUGCGACAGUGCUGCCUCCCAACAACCCUGCACUGUUUUUCGCUAAUCGCUCUCAAUAUCACCGCCUGGGGCCAUAUGGGACACGCACACAGUAUGUAAAAGACUCCUGUCGCGACUGCGGCUUCUCAUGGGUCGUAGCUGCCACUGAUUAACAAAACCAUGAGUCAACAUAAAUUCCGAACAAAAUGCAACUAGAACACAUCAAGAUACUAUUUGGUGCAGUCACAAAAUGGUGCUCCUACCACCUUUUGACAAUAAACCAGCAAUUUUAGUUGAAAAUAUUAAUAUUUUUUGUGACGACCUGUCUUUAGCUAUUUGCCAGGGAAUGCCUCUAAACUAUAAUAAUUAUAAUUUUAAGUGAAUGUUUGUAAUUAGUAUUCCUUCCUUUAAACUAAACUUGCUGGUUUUGACAUUCCUAAUAUAUAUAUACCAUUAUGUUGUCUUGAUGAGUCUAUGCUGCAAUGGAUGACUGUGGAAUAUGUAUAUGCUAAUCGUCCGUGAAACUAGAAUUACAUUUUAAAUGUGACUUAAAACUGUGAUCUUAAUUUAAACAAAGCAAUUUUUGACAAAUUCUAUAAGCGCGUGACGAUGCAUAUAUGUUUUCAUCAUUUUUUUGUUUUAACUUAUUUGAUUGUGUGAUAAUGUUAAGGUUAUUUUAUAUAUUUAUUAUGUUAAUGAUAUGACCUACAAAUAUGAAAUCGGCAUUUUAGAUCCACAGGGAUCAUUACUCAAACCUCAAAUUCCAUAUCAUAAGUUAUUUUAAAGACAGAAAAUUAUUAAUUUUAUUAUACUAUUAGUAAACUACAUUAGUUCCUCUUAGAAAUUUUAAUAAUUUAUUGUCCAAAGAAUUUAAUUAUUUAAUAUUUCAAAUUAUAUUUUCUAUAAAUUGUUGGAAUAUACAAUUUGUAUGAAUUGGUGACUUCAAUCUAAUUGUUGAAGAUGGUGAAAUAUUGGAUUUAUGGAAGCAAUAUUUAAAUUCUAGACUUUAUAUGAGCUAUUCCCACCAUUAAAUCAUAAUAGUUUUUAUUUAAAUAUUGUUUUGUAAAUACUACUGUAGAGUCUCCUAGAGCUAAUUUAUGGAUUUGAUAUAUUCCACAGUCAUUUUCGAUAUUAUCGACAUUGUUUAAACCAAAAGUCUGCUUCUCGUUAACCCGAACGAUAGAGCGAGAAGGCACGAAUUUAAGCCAAGCUGUAGGUUAAUUAUAAGGUCUAAUUAUUGGUGUUUGUUUGUUGUACCGUCCGUGCAUUACAUUAUAAUAGUAAUGGCAUAAUCUAGUGGAUACAAUCUUGAUGUCUCCCUAUCUUCUUCCUAUUUACUCAGUGUGAAAGCUUCAACUCAUUUAAAAUAUGACGAGCCCAUGUAAAUCAAAGUCAAAUGGGUUAUCAGUGCAUAUCAUCACAAAUUUUAACAGUGAUUAGAUGUCCUAAGGUAUUAGUAGUUGUUACAGACCGUUUUAAAAUGUUUUAAGUCAUUGAUGUGCCCAGAUGCUGGGUUCUAGUGAAAUUAUAGUAAGUGUCGUUAACAGACUGGUAAAUAUCUCUAUGUAAAAGCAUAUAUAAUUUGUAAUAUCCAUGGUCUCUUUAUCUUAGUCAAGAUAUUUAAUAGUGUGAGUCUCGUAAACUAUGUGUAAGUAAAUUGUAACAUGUUUAUACUAACUAUAACUAUUAACAAUUGAUACUGUCCUUCUGUGCAACUUUGGUUCUGCUAUGUUGUGAACAGCUUUAAAUUGGAACUGGAGUGUUUGUACAUGAUAAUGUUGACAUAUUUCACACAAAGUUAUUUUUAUAAAAAAUGUUGAUAUGUGACAAUACAGAUGUAGUUUUCAAAAAAUUUUCUUUAUAGCAUUGUUAAUUCGCUGUGAGGUUUGGCAAUUGUCUGGAAGGGACCAACAUCCACAAAAAUUUACAAUUAUUUCAUAACAUGAUUGUUUCCAGUAGUUAAAUCAUUUUAAAGUCAGCGUUUUAUCAGUCCAAGUAUACAUUGCAUUUUAUCAAUUGCUUUAUCUUUUUAUUAUCGUUUAUUAUUGUUUUGAGUCAUCAAUAUUAUAUUAUACUUUCUUCCUCUUCUAUUGCUGGGCUAUGAACUAAAUAAGUUGUAAUCAAAUAAGUGAAUAAUUUACAAAAUUUUAAUUUAAUAUAAUUAUGAUUCAGUGCAUCUCGACUGAACAUAAUAGCAUGGAUCUCAGAAUGCAGCUAAUGAAUAUAAUUUGCCUAACAAAUGAUAUGUUUCCUCAAUCAAAAUACACUCAAAGCUUGUGUAUAUGUAUUAGUCAAUCUAGUGUGCUAACUGCUCAGUCACACACACAUACAAAUUGAACGUUACGGUUAUUGUAAAUCAGAUGUUGCAUUCAGAAUAUUUUAAGUUAAUACAAUAAUGUUAUGUGACAAAACUUAAAUCGAAUGUAGUGCAAAGUAAUGUAUUGGGAGCGAUACGCACAUUUUAUACAGUAGCUCUUGUAAUGGACGUUAAGUUAGUUGUAUGAUUGGCCCAGCGAGCGGCCACUUGCCAGCCCGAGCCCUACAUCGAGCAAGGCCAAGGUGCGAUGCAAUAUUUGCAUUCCAAUUUUGUGUUAAGUUAGCAGCCGAGGGUAUAGUUGUUAAUGUUUAUUUAAUCCGCAUUGCCAAAUAUUUUGGUUGUUGUGCUAUUUAUUUAUUUGAAUGAGUUAUUUUUUUUUUUUUUCAUGUAAUAUCAAAUUUAGUACCUUCCAUUGCUAAGUGUCAAAUAUUUUUACAAUGUUUUAAUCAUUUCAAUUUUAUGCAUUUUAUUUUGUUUAGUCAAAUCAUAUACAUGAUAUUAUUAUAUAGUGUGAUGUAGUUUAUCUAUUGUUCAUUUGUAUUUAUGAUAAAUAUUUUUUCUCAUCGAACUGUAGUCAAAUGACAGUAUUUUUAUAAUGAAAAUUGUAUGGGGAUUGAAGGGUUAAGGCGAAGCGGGUCGGAAGCCUGCAUGCGGCCUUGGGUCGCCGUGGAGGCAGAAGCGCGCUUCGCCGGUAUUACAUAUAUCUGAUAAGCAUUAUGUAGGUUUAGCGAAAUAGAAUUAUCGAGGAGACAAACUCCAAGUACCAAAUCUUUUAUUGGUUUAAUGUUGUUCUCGUAUUGUGGUGAUAUAGUGCGUCGCGAGCGACGCAGAGCUCAAUAUUUUAGUACCCAUUAAGAAAAUUAAUACCUCUUUUAAAAAGAAUAUAAUAUAUAUUAUAAUAUAUCCAAACUAUUAGCACAUAUGUAUUUUCCCUGUUUAUUUUGAUGUGAUAUCAUAAAUGACUGAUCUGAAUUUAGUUUUUAAGUUGGUUAAUAUGCAGUGCUAUUUCGAGAGUGUAAUUAAGAUUUAAUAUUGAAAGUGCCAAUGCUCGUAAUUUAAUCUUUAUGGACUGUUCCUUUAAUGUAGCUUUUUGUAAGGCCUCGGCCGAGGUCCUUCCAUCCCCGAUAACUUCAGUAUAAGCAAUUUUCCAUCCUUAACACUAAGUUUCAAAAUACAUGUAAAUUGUCACGUAACUUGCACAAUCUCAGUAAUGCUUGCAAUAUUAUGUGUAACAUGUUAAUUCCUCACUUAUUUUUUAAUCAAGCGUAAUGUUAAGAGUACAAUAUGAGAGGAUGUUAUAUCAUUCUAGUAUCAAAUUAGCCGAAGAUGUUAAUAUUAUUAGUUAGGUAAAAUUUUAACAUAGCUUCGUAUAAUUGGGAUGUUUUUAGUAUUUAGUAGUUGUAUAAUUACGGCGUAGUGGCAAGCGAAAUGUCUCGCGAGUGAAAUAAUGUUAGUGGCAAUAAUACUCUGAUAAGUUCCCUGCCAAGAGACUGUACAGAGUCGCGCGGCCGCGAUGUCCGCACGGCGCCGCGCGGACUUACUGAACGAAUAGACGUUAGGCGUUUUAUUUGUUGUAAUUAUAAUAAUAGCCGUAGGUAUUUUAUCGUACUUAAAUAAUUAUUCUUGCGAUGCCUUAAUUCUGGUUGUCAAUUAGACUUCUGCCUAGAGUGUUAUCAUUGUUUUAUUUAUUUUAGUUUUUUGCUGUUCCGGCUUCCUCCGUGAACUUCCAGUCCAGGCUGUUCUUUUGAAAUGAUUUUGAGGUCGAUUUAUUUUUACCUAAGUGUUCUUAUUAAAUGUUACCAAAAUGUUUUUAAUAAAUAUUUUUAUAUGUAAA